AUGCAAUGUGACGCUGAUGAGCCCACUUCUUUCUCUCUCCCCGACAGCUGCUCUUUACAUUACCAGAAGGGCGAUAACUGGUCGGGCAUAAAUGAUCCCCGAACGCGGAGAUGGCUACAGAAUCGAUUGAACCAGAGAGCCUGUCACAACGGAAAGUAUGGCCGAACUGGUCAAGUCCCCGAAAGUGAAUCGGUUCCGCUACCGAACAACCGGAAGCAAAAUGGACAUCCUAGAAGGUGGCUUUCCUUUAAUGAUACGGAGUUUCUGCUAGCGGAAAUCAAUGAAGCCUCUUUGGAGAGCUUCGUGCGAGACUCCUCAACUGAGAGGCACUUAAUAAUACUUGGCAAGUUAUAUGUGUAUCGCGCAUUUCUCAAAAACCUUUCAAUCCUUGGGAUAAUCCCACACCGUGAUUGGACGUCAGAAAGCACACUCUCACCAUUCAAUACCUACACACCAGAGCAGAUCAAGGAAAAGGAUCUGCCGGAGGGCUCUAAGGCCUACGAAAAUACACUGGACAAUGCUCAAUUCUGCGCUGACGUCAUCGAAUUCUGGGAUGUGUCUACAGAGAGCUGUAGUUUUCUGGUGUGGGGGGAUCCAUCGGACCCCAGGAGUUGGGAAAUUACGGAGGCAUUUUUGGAAAGGUGGCCAUGGGUGGUGCGUGGGCUUCCCGAGUUAAUUGACUCAACUAAUUAUUGGCGGGCGAAACGAGGACCGAAUAGUAUUUUCAGGUUUCUUUAA